AUGCGCAUUGAUCCUGAUCGGAGAUCUCUGUGUUUCGACUUCCCUAUCGUUAAGCCAAUGGUGACAAUCGGUGUAGACUUUCUUCGAUACAUGGGGUUGGUCUCUGGGAGCCGGGACUACCAGCUAUUUGGAGGGCGCAGGCUAUGCCUUUGCCCCUUUCUUGCUUUUUCUCUGCCAACUUGGAGUCUGCAAGCUCUUAGAGGAUUGGGUGGGUUGGAUGUUUUGCGUAUGCUGCUGAUUGAGCAGUUGCUGGGUUUCGUCCACUUUAGACGAGAGUAG